AAAAAUUUUCAAAAACCGCGCCAGAAAGUCGUGCAAAUUCCGCAAAAAAAUUGACAUGCCCCUUGGCUUUGGCAGCACGGCCCUCAUUCUUUGGAUUACCCUAUUUUCAGAGAGAGCAAAAUCUUGUCCAGUUUAUUCCGCAGAGUUGAGUCGCUUCCUCACUCCAGUUCCUCCCUAAACGCAUCUUCACGGUGAAAGAUUGUGAAAUGGCUGCUCCAAUUCGUGUUGUGGUAACGGGAGCUGCUGGGCAAAUUGGGUACUCCCUGUUGCACAUGAUUGCCAAGGGGGAUGUCUUUGGGCGGCAGCAGAAGUUAAUUCUGCACCUCUUGGACAUUCCACCGAUGAUGGGUGUCCUGGGGGGUGUAGUCAUGGAGCUGGAUGACUGUGCACUGCCCCUGCUGGCUGAGGUGGUGGCUACAGAUGAUCCAGCUGUGGCAUUUAAGGAUGUUUCUGCGGCAUUCCUCGUGGGUGCUAUGCCCCGAAAGGAGGGUAUGGAGCGCAAGGAUCUCCUGGCGGCUAAUGUGCGGAUCUUCAAGGUGCAGGGAGCUGCUCUCGACAAGUACGCCCGGAAGGAUGUUAAGGUGCUCGUGGUGGGCAAUCCAGCCAACACGAAUGCCUUCAUUUGCUCCUACUUUGCACCCAGCAUCCCAAAGGAGAAUUUCACAGCAAUGACACGCCUGGAUCAGAAUCGUGCCAGCUCCUUGAUUGCCAAAAAGUGCGGUGUAGCCAUUGAUCAGGUGAAGAAUGUCAUCAUCUGGGGCAAUCACUCAUCCACGCAAUUCCCCGAUGUGCGCAAUGCUACAGUUUCCGGAAAGGAUGCCUACUCAGCCGUGGGAGACGUUCAGUACCUUCAGGGGGAAUUUGUGUCAACUGUGCAGAAGCGCGGAGCUGCCGUCAUUGCAGCCCGGAAGCUCUCAUCAGCAAUGAGUGCUGCUAAUGCUGCUUGCGAUCAUAUGCGUGAUUGGUGGAAUGGAACUCAGCCUGGCCAAUACGUCUCAAUGGGAGUUUUGUCCGAUGGCAGUUACGGCGCCCCCAAGGAUGUUGUCUUCUCCUUCCCGUGCGAGGUGAAGGAUGGCAAAUGGCGUAUUGUUCAAGGACUCACAGUGGAGGCAUUCGGGAAGGACAAGCUGGCUAUCACAGGCAAGGAGCUGGAGGAGGAGAAGGGUGAAGCCGUGGAAGUUUGCUCUGCAGAUUGACUAGAUGGCCCCAGUAAACUCUAAAAGGGAUACUCCACCACCACCAAAAAACUCCGGGAUCCUUUCACAGGAUGGCGCAAUUGAAUUGCAAAGCAGAAUAUUUUGAUUAUUUCUUUAUUUUUUACGAGGUGUGGGCUCAAGAAAUCCUUUGAAAAAAAAAAAAUAAAAAUUUCCAUGUGAAA